UGGAGCAGGGGUCAGCAAGUUAAGUGUCAUUGGUGACAGUGGGAUGAAUAGUGCCCCAUCAUUGGUGUCACUGAUACUAAUGGUGUCCAUUGGUGUCAGUGGGAGGAAUAGUGCCCCAUCAUUGGUGUCAGUGGGAAGAAGAAUAGUGCCCCAUCAUUGGUGUCAGUGGGAGGAAUAGUGCCCCAUCAUUGGUGUCAGUGGGAGUAAUCGUGCCCCAUCAUUGGUGUCACUGGGAGUAAUCGUGCCCCAUCAUUGGUGUCAAUGGGAGGAAUAGUGCCCCAUCAUUGGUAACAGUGGGGGAAUAGUGCCCCAUCAUUGGUGUCAGUGGGAGUAAUCG